AUACAACCAAGAAAGGGGGCAAGAAGAAGGGUGGUUCCAUGCAGACUGUGUCCUCCCAGUUCAGGGAGAACUUGGGCAAGCUGAUGACCAACUUGAGGAGCACUCAUCCUCACUUUGUGCGCUGCUUGAUCCCCAACGAGUCAAAGACUCCAGGUCUGAUGGAGAACUUCCUGGUUAUCCACCAGCUCAGGUGUAAUGGUGUUCUAGAAGGUAUCAGGAUCUGCAGAAAGGGCUUCCCCAGCAGAAUCAUCUAUGCUGACUUCAAGCAGAGGUACAAAGUACUGAAUGCCAGUGUCAUCCCCGAGGGCCAGUUCAUGGACAACAAGAAGGCUUCUGAGAAGCUGCUUGGGUCCAUUGAUGUGAAUCAUGAGGAUUACAAGUUUGGACACACCAAGGUGUUCUUCAAAGCCGGUCUGCUGGGUGUCCUUGAGGAGAUGAGAGAUGAGAAGCUGGCCUCUCUGGUCGGCAUGGUCCAGGCUCUCAGCCGUGGAUUCCUCAUGAGGAGAGAGUUCACCAAGAUGAUGGAGAGGAGAGAUUCUGUCUUCACCAUCCAGUACAACAUCCGCUCUUUCAUGAAUGUGAAAACCUGGCCAUGGAUGAAGGUGUACUUCAAGAUCAAGCCCCUGCUGAAGACCGCAGAGACUGAGAAGGAGCUGGCCAACAUGAAGGAGAACUAUGAGAAGAUGCAGACGGACCUGGCCAAGGCUCUGGCCAAGAAGAAGGAGUUGGAGGAGAAGAUGGUGGCCAUGGUGCAGGAGAAGAAUGACCUGGCGCUUCAAGUCGCAUCUGAUUCAGAGAAUCUGAACGAUGCUGAGGAAAGGUGCGAGGGGCUCAUCAAGAGCAAGAUCCAGCUGGAGGCAAAACUCAAAGAGACGACUGAGAGGCUGGAGGAUGAGGAGGAGAUGAAUGCUGAGUUGACUGCCAAGAAGAGGAAGCUGGAGGAUGAGUGCUCUGAGCUGAAGAAGGACAUUGAUGACCUGGAGCUCACCCUGGCCAAAGUGGAGAAGGAGAAGCACGCCACUGAAAACAAGGUUAAAAACCUGACAGAGGAGAUGGCGUCUGUGGAUGAGAGUGUUGCCAAGCUGACCAAGGAGAAGAAAGCCCUCCAAGAGGCCCACCAGCAGACACUGGACGACCUGCAGGCAGAGGAGGACAAAGUCAACACUCUGACCAAGGCCAAGACCAAGCUGGAACAGCAAGUGGACGACCUUGAGGGUUCUCUGGAGCAAGAGAAGAAGCUCCGUAUGGACCUUGAGAGAGCCAAGAGAAAGCUGGAGGGAGAUCUGAAACUGGCCCAGGAGUCCAUAAUGGACCUGGAGAAUGACAAGCAGCAGUCUGAUGAGAAAAUCAAGAAGAAGGAGUUUGAGACCACCCAGCUCCUCAGCAAGAUUGAGGAUGAGCAGUCUCUGGGAGCUCAGCUGCAGAAGAAGAUCAAGGAACUCCAGGCCCGUAUUGAGGAGCUGGAGGAGGAAAUUGAGGCUGAGCGUGCUGCCAGGGCUAAGGUUGAGAAGCAGAGGGCCGAUCUCUCCAGGGAACUUGAGGAGAUCAGCGAGAGGCUGGAGGAGGCCGGAGGCGCCACUGCUGCUCAGAUUGAGAUGAACAAGAAGCGCGAGGCUGAGUUCCAGAAGCUGCGUCGUGAUCUUGAAGAGUCCACCCUGCAGCACGAGGCCACAGCCGCCGCUCUGCGCAAGAAGCAGGCCGACAGUGUGGCUGAGCUCGGGGAGCAGAUCGACAACCUGCAGCGCGUCAAGCAGAAGCUGGAGAAGGAGAAGAGUGAGUACAAGAUGGAGAUUGAUGACCUCUCCAGCAACAUGGAGGCUGUUGCCAAGGCUAAGGGCAAUCUGGAGAAGAUGUGCCGUACUCUUGAGGACCAGCUGAGCGAGAUCAAGACUAAGAAUGAUGAGAAUGCUCGCCAGGUCAACGACAUCAGCGGACAGAGGGCCAGACUCCUGACAGAAAAUGGUGAGUUUGGCCGUCAGCUGGAGGAGAAGGAAGCCCUGGUGUCUCAGCUUAACAGAGGAAAACAAGCCUUCACCCAACAGGUGGAGGAGCUGAAGAGGCAGAUUGAGGAGGAGGUCAAGGCUAAAAAUGCACUGGCCCACGGUGUGCAGUCUGCCCGCCAUGACUGUGACCUCCUGAGAGAGCAGUUUGAGGAGGAGCAGGAGGCCAAGGCAGAGCUGCAGCGCGGCAUGUCUAAGGCCAACAGUGAGGUGGCUCAGUGGAGGACUAAGUAUGAAACUGAUGCCAUCCAGCGCACAGAGGAGCUGGAGGAGGCCAAGAAGAAACUGGCCCAGCGUCUGCAGGAGGCUGAGGAGACCAUUGAGGCGACCAACUCAAAGUGCGCCUCCCUGGAGAAGACCAAGCAGAGACUGCAGGGAGAGGUGGAGGACCUCAUGAUUGACGUUGAGAGAGCCAACGCAAUGGCCGCCAACCUUGACAAGAAGCAGAGGAACUUUGACAAGGUUCUGGCAGAGUGGAAGCAGAAGUAUGAGGAGGGUCAGGCUGAGCUGGAAGGAGCUCAGAAGGAGGCUCGCUCUAUGAGCACUGAACUCUUCAAGAUGAAGAACUCCUACGAGGAGGCUCUGGAUCAUCUGGAGACUCUGAAGAGAGAGAACAAGAACCUGCAACAGGAGAUCUCUGACCUGACUGAGCAGAUCGGAGAGACUGGCAAGAGCAUCCAUGAGCUGGAGAAGGCUAAGAAGACCGUGGAGACAGAGAAGUCUGAGAUCCAGACCGCUCUGGAGGAGGCUGAGGGCACACUGGAGCACGAGGAAUCCAAGAUUCUGCGUGUGCAGCUGGAGCUGAACCAGAUCAAGGGUGAGGUGGACAGGAAGCUGGCUGAGAAGGACGAGGAGAUGGAGCAGAUCAAGAGGAACAGCCAGAGGGUGAUUGACUCCAUGCAGAGCACCCUGGACUCUGAGGUCAGGAGCAGGAAUGACGCCCUGAGGGUGAAGAAGAAGAUGGAGGGAGACCUGAAUGAGAUGGAGAUCCAGCUGAGCCACGCCAACAGGCAGGCCGCUGAGGCCCAGAAACAGCUGAGGAACGUCCAGGGACAGCUCAAGGAUGCCCAAUUGCACCUUGAUGACGCUGUCCGCCUCUCAGAGGAUAUGAAGGAGCAGGCAGCCAUGGUGGAGCGCAGAAACGGUCUGAUGGUGGCUGAAAUUGAGGAGCUGAGAGUUGCUCUGGAGCAGACAGAGAGAGGCCGCAAAGUGGCUGAGACUGAGCUGGUAGACGCCAGCGAGCGCGUCGGACUGCUGCACUCCCAGAACACCAGCCUUCUGAACACCAAGAAGAAGCUGGAGACUGACCUGGUUCAGGUGCAGGGAGAGGUGGACGACAUCGUCCAGGAAGCCAGGAACGCAGAGGACAAGGCCAAGAAGGCCAUCACUGACGCGGCCAUGAUGGCUGAGGAGCUGAAGAAGGAGCAGGACACCAGCGCUCACCUGGAGAGGAUGAAGAAGAACCUGGAGGUCACAGUCAAGGACCUGCAGCACCGCCUGGAUGAGGCUGAGAAUCUGGCCAUGAAGGGAGGCAAGAAGCAGCUCCAGAAACUGGAGUCCAGGGUGCGCGAGCUCGAGACUGAGGUGGAGGCCGAGCAGAGAAGAGGUGUAGACGCAGUCAAGGGAGUCCGCAAGUAUGAGCGCAGAGUCAAGGAGCUCACUUACCAGACUGAGGAGGAUAAGAAGAACGUUGGCAGACUUCAGGACCUGGUAGAUAAGCUGCAGUUGAAAGUGAAGGCCUACAAGAGGCAGGCUGAGGAAGCGGAGGAAGCAGCCAACCAGCACAUGUCUAAGUUCAGGAAGGUUCAGCAUGAGCUGGAGGAGGCUGAGGAGCGUGCUGACAUCGCUGAGACGCAGGUCAACAAGCUCAGAGCCAAGACCCGCGACACUGGAAAGGGAAAAGAAGCUGCUGAAUAAACAAGACCAAAGUCUGAUCAAUUUCCUUUGAUGCAUAAAAUAUGAUUUUCAUGGUGAAAUGUUGAGCAUUGAUUAAAAACAUGUUGACCUACAUAAA